AUGUCCCCUAUACCGCGCCAGUGCGUUUCUGACGGAAAGAAAUAUACGCUGUUGGACCAGAAGACUCACGGCGAAAUUCGCAUUGUCGACCCAUGGGAGGCGACUGGUAAGGAGUCUUUCCUAAAGACUUCGGAGGCAGGCCACGAUCGCAACGACUGCCCACCUCCUGCAAAGAUACUCGCUGUUUACACAAGCGAAAAAGCCAUUAAAGUUUCCUGUCUUCAUAAUCUUCUUAAGGGUAUCAUUGAUUUUCAAUGUCCUGGUUCAGAUUACAAAAUUGAUGAGUACCCCCUAAGGACUUCUGCGUCCGAGGAUAAGGUCGGUAAACAACCGUUUUGGCCAAACGGACAGCUUGGGAACCUGUACCGGAUAGAGGAAGCACGAGAUAUAGUUCUUCAAGAUCCGAAGGUAGAGCUGAAAGACUAUUUUGCUAUCUUUAUCCUGUCCAUCGAGAGCGACAUUGACGAUAAGCGUGAUGUACCUGGAGCCGUUCCCUAUGAUCAACCCAACAUGAUGAUCUACGAAUGCUUCUCCGGUCACUAUGUUUCCGGAGUCGGUCGCGGUCCUGGGGUACAGGAAGAUAUUCUCGCUAUUGUCAAAGGAGAUGGGUUUCUAGACGAGGAUGGCCCAAAGCUUGCAGGCAAGGUUGAAUAUGGCAAGUACCUCGCCGAUCUCUUUAGCACAAAAGACGACAAAAUUGAUUCCGGCGACUGGCACUGUAAAGUCAGCGACUAUCCCCGUGCACAUCAUUUCCAGGAAUUGAGUGGUGAGCUUUCCAAGGUGGCGAAGGAGAAACUUCUUAAGGGAGAAAUCCACUUUAACCUUCCUUGCAAGUCCAAGUUGCUGGCCUGA